AAGGUGAAAUAUUUGACCUCAACAACUUUUUGGAUGUACACGUUACGGCGAUGGUGAAACCAAAAUGUGAUUCAUCUGGUUUGGCCAUGAAAACUGGAGGCAUUAAGUUUCAGAAAAACAAAGGUCAACACAUCUUAAAAAAUCCUCUUGUAAUUAAUACAAUGAUUGAAAAGGCUGGUAUAAAGUCUACGGACUCUGUCUUAGAAAUCGGUUCUGGAACUGGUAACCUGACCAUUAAACUCUUGGAGAAAGGAAGAAAAGUCUACGCCUUUGAAAUUGAUCCGAGAAUGGUUUCUGAAUUACAGAAGCGUGUCCAAACCUCGUGAGUUUGAAGCAGGUAUAUGACAAAUGUACCUGUUGUAUAUAUUGGGAGAUGUCAUAUAUCAAGAUACCUGGCUUUAUCACUAGGUUGCAUUAUUUCUUCUCUCGGGUGUAGGGUGUUAUUAUGCAUGAAACGUGGUUCAUUUAUUAGUACUUUUUGUCAGUGCCAUUAUAUAAAUUUGAGACUGAAGUGUCACACCAGUUUUUCAACGAAGAUGAUUAGGUUUCAAGUAGCUAAAUGGCCAAACCGAUCCAAGCUAGAAAUUCUUGUUGGAGAUGCAGUCAAGGCAAGUUCAUGGCCGAAAUUCGAUCUAUGCGUAGCAAAUUUACCGUACCAGAUUUCCUCACCAUUUAUACAACGAUUGGUUCAUGCUGGUCGUAGUUUCAGAGCAGCAGUAGUUAUGGUGCAAAAGGAAUUCGCCGAUCGCCUUAUAGCUAAACCUGGGGAUAAAGUGUACUGUCGUCUGUCAGCAUUUUCUCAGUUCCAUUUCAAAAUUGAACAGUUAAUGAAAAUCAGCAGAAACAGUUUUCGUCCUCCACCACGUGUGGAUUCAGCUGUUGUCCGGAUUGAACCUAGGCACCCAUUACCACCUGUAAUGCCUACAGAAUGGGACGGACUAUUACGUCUUGUGUUUGCGCGUAAAAACAAGACGAUCGGUGCCAACUUUGCCGGUAAAUCAAUAGCUGCUCACUUACGCAAAGUAUACAUGGAAGCUUGCAGUGCCAAAGGAUUAUGUCCAAAUCCCGAAACCAUUAAUUGUGAAUCGACUGGUAUCUCAGCAAUGGAAGAAAAGCUAAGUAACAUACUUCAAGAUUCCGGUUUCGACAAAAAGCGUGCCCGUACCCUGGAUGAAGAUGACCUCCUUAGACUACUUCUUGUAUUUAAAAAAGAAAAUAUAUUUUUUGGUUAA